GGACUUACACCUAAAAUGCUACGGAAACUGAACCAAAAUGGCUACAUUAUCAUUGAAGAUUUUCUCACGCCAGCAGAGGUCGAUGAACUCUACUCGGCUGGACGUGACCUCUGCAUAGAUGCACCACGAGCAAACCGCAAAAUUUUUAGCACAGUUAACCAAAAGGAUGCACAUAGCAAAGAUACAUACUUUCUUGAUUCUGGCGACAAAAUUCGGUUUUUCUUCGAAGAAGGUGCCGUAAAUGAGAAUGGCGAAUUAGUUGUCGAUCCUAUGAUCGCCCUGAACAAAGUGGGACAUUCCUUGCACGUUGACCACCCGGUCUUCAACAAAUUAACCUUCAGUAGUCGUGUUAAGGAAGUUUGCUGGCAGUUGAACUUCAAUAAACCAGCGGUGUGCCAGAGCAUGUACAUCUAUAAGAAUCCAGGCAUAGGGGGCGAAGUUAUUCCACAUCAGGACUCCUGGUUUUUGCACACAGAGCCGAACUCUGUUAUUGGUUUUUGGUUUGCGCUUGAAAAUUGUACACUAGAAAAUGGUUGUUUGCACGCAAUCAAAGGUUCACAUAAGAGCGGAGUUCAUCGUCGAUAUAUGCGCAAUCCGGAUAAGGACGCUCAACAACUACUAGUUUACGAUCGUCCUGCACCGAUUUACCCUCAAUCAAAUUACACACCCUUGAUCGUGGGCAAAGGUACCUGCAUCAUUAUUCAUGGCAAUGUAGUGCAUAAGAGUGAACCAAAUCGGUCGCAGAAAAGCCGCCAUGCUUACACUUUCCAUGUCAUUGAGACCGAGAAUAACGUAAAAUAUUCGGAAGACAAUUGGCUCCAGGCAUCCAAAGAGAAACCUUUUCCUGUACUUUUUGAACGUAACAAAUAAGUUAUUCCUUUUGAAUAAAUACAUUUAUACAUACAUAUGUACAUAUCUAAAUGUCCACUAACAAAUAAAUCAAGACUAAAAACUUA